UGGUUUAGCAGAUCUCAGCUGCACUACUAUUCUGUAAAAUAAAGCUAUAAUAUUGAACCCCAGCAUUAGACUACUCUUUAUGUUCCCCAAGUUCCUUCUUCCCCCAACUGUGUUCCGUUCUCGACAACGCAAAGCGGGGUACUCGUCCUCAGCUGGACCCUCUGCCAGAACCUCGUCCAUGGAUGAGAGCUGCCAGAAAUACCUAGGUAGCCAGGUAUCAUAUAUUCGGUGUUCUCGUUGCGCAACGGAUUUAUGUUUGACGUCCCAGAUCAUCAGCAAAGGGUUCACUGGUCGACAUGGCCGCGCGUAUCUCGUGUCGGCGGAACCUAUCGUGAGUGCGGUAUCCAUCAGUACAACGUCCUCGCCGACAGAGUCACUCCCAAAUACCAUAAUGCAGAAUCCCGUAUCACGUCAACUGGUCACAGGCGCCCAUACAGUCAGUGAUAUCAGUUGUGCUUUCUGUGGGAAUAUUCUUGGAUGGAAAUAUGUUGCCGCUGAAGAAGAAUCGCAACGUUACAAGGUUGGCAAGUUCAUUUUGGAAACCAAACGGACCGUGACAUCCUCCUCAUGGGAGUCGGAUUCAUAUGCCGGGCCUGUUGCACCAUCUGGACCAAUGACUUCUGCAAAAGUGGAUGUCGGUACGCCGGGUGAUUGUGUGGAGUUCGAUAGCCAGGACGAAGACGAAUGCGAAGAUCUGUUUGCCGGUGUUUGGAGCCCUGGUCUGGCUAUACGGCGGCGAAGCCGCAAAUUAGAUCGUCAUACCUCGAUUUUUGGCCUUACACCCUGAAGGACUAUUAUACAUUAUCUCUCUCUUUUUCUGUUUCAGCAAUCGUGGCAUCCUGAUACCCUGCUCUCAUGUUUUCUUUUCUGACCAAUAUCUGCGGAGUAACCCUGCAAAAGGCUUCUUAAUGGUAAUGUUUAAGCUACAACAAUUCCAAGUGCAUUCCCGAGGUUUCCAUAAGUUUGAAAAGUUGUUGGGGUGGGUAAUCUCUUCUUUGGUUCCAAGUAGUCCCGUAGUCGUUGUAACAUUUUGUGGUAUAGAGCCAAUUCGUUAUUUCUUGACGCUGACAGAAGCGAAUAAGAGACGGUUAGCAAGGCAAUGAUCAAUAUGAAGGCUAAGGGGAACCGUUUGUUUUGCCGACUCGUGUUCUUUUCACAUCUCCUUCCUGGUCACUUUCCUGAGCUGAGCGCUUCUGUGUAGAUACCAGUUGGUUACCACCUGAUCUCCGUUUGACAAGCGCCGAGAGAUCAUUAGCUCCCUUCGUAACUUUGUCCAACUGUACCAUCUGCUCCGAAGGAGACUGCCCCAUUAUCUGACCCAGGAUACCUUUCAGCAUAGCUUCAUUCCUCUCAUCAUGAUCUUCGAGUAAUACCGGGGGGCGCUUUAAAUCAACAAGCUGUGGGCCAGUUAGAUGUACGUGGUUCGAGGAUAAGAAUCCGAGGUUCGGAUGGUUGAGAGAAACUUACUCUUUGCUCCAUGUCUGCUAUGA